AUGAAGUCCUUCACCACCAUCGCAACCGCCCUCCUGGCUCUCACCUACCUCUCCUCCGGAACCGCCGCCCACCAAAAGCGCACGGGUCACUCCCACCACCACCACAAGCAGUCUCCCUCCGUCGCCCAUCUCGAAAAGCGCACAACCACUUGCGCAUUCCCCACCGACGCCGGCCUCGUCUCCGUCACCCCCGAUGCCUCGAAUGCCGGUUGGGCAAUGUCCCCGGAUCAGCCGUGUACCGCCGGGAUGUACUGUCCGUACGCCUGUCCCCCCGGUCAAGUCGCAAUGCAAUGGGAUCCCAGCGCGACGUCCUACACCUACCCCGCGUCCAUGAACGGAGGCUUGUACUGUAACGACGACGGUACCGUCUCCAAGCCCUUCCCGGACAGGGACUACUGUGUCGACGGUGUCGGCUCCGUCAAAGCAGUCGACAACAUCGGUUCCGGCCUCGCUGUCUGCCAAACCGUUCUCCCCGGAAACGAAGCCAUGCUCAUCCCGACCGACGUUUCCGCCGGCGGCUCCGCGACGCUCGCUGUACCGGAUACCUCCUACUGGGCCGGAACCGCUUCUCAUUUCUACAUCAACCCACCCGGUGUCUCGACGGCUGAUGGUUGCAUCUGGGGUACCUCCGCUCUUCCGCACGGUAACUGGGCUCCAUACGUCGCGGGCGCAAAUGCCGACGCCUCUGGAAACACAUACGUUAAAAUCGCCUGGAACCCAAUCUACACCGAUGACUCGUAUUGGAUCACCCAGGACCCUGGAUUCGGUGUCAAGAUUACGUGUGAGGGUGAGGGCUGCAAUGGGUUGCCAUGUGAGUGCAAUCCGGCCAAGUAUGGGAUCAAUGGAUGUUCGGAUGGGUCUACGGCUGGUGUUGGGGGUGCACAGUUUUGUGUUGUUACUGUGCCGAGCGGAGGGGUUGCGAAUAUCGAAGUCUUUGAUACCAGUGGCACUUACUCCUCGUCUUCUUCCUUGGCUGCGUCGUCUGCCUCGUCGUCCGAUGAUACGUCGAGCACGGAGGCUGCUACUACCUCGAGCGUAGCCGAGUCUACUUCUACUACCGAGUCUUCUACCUCGACCACCGAGUCUACCACUUCGUCCACCACCACUACCUCCUCGACCACCACCACCUCUUCCACAAGCACAACCACAUCAUCCUCCACCACCAGCACCACCACCACCUCCUCCAAACACACCACCUCAACCUUCUCCCCCCGCGCCUCAACCCGAACCCGCACAACCUCCACCGCUCUCUCCGCUUCCCCAACCUCAACAUCCUCUAUGUUACUCCCAACCAUGAUGAUCAAACCCCACGUCGCAUACUCCGCAGCCGCCUCUUCUGCUAUACAAGCGUCGAGUACGGUUAUGGUCGUUGCGAGCGCGAGUGCGUCGGGUACGGAGGAGGCGCAGGCGAGUACGACUGUGUUUAGGGCUGCGCCGGCGUUUGAUGCGUUGGAGGGGUCGUCGACGAGUUCGGCGACUACUUCUGGGGCUGGGAGGGGGUUGGUUUGUGGUGGGGCGAUGAUGGUUGUUGCCGUUUUGGGUGCGGUUGCUGUGUUGAUUUGAGCGCAACCAACCUGAAAGAUGUUGAGCGUGGGUGUUUAUCUGAUGAUCUCACCAGUUUCGGGAGGUCACUCACACGCACACACGCACCACCAACCAACGAUCUAUCUACCCUCUAUAUUGUUUCGUCGAUUUCUCUUUGUCAGUCAUAUGUGUACAUAUAUAUCUGCGUCUUAC